AUGCCAGCAGAACUCAAUUAUUAUGUUGCAUUAUCAUAAGGAAGAAGACAUCACGUGUGGUCCAACCUUGAAGACAUAAAACCGUACCAACCAUGGACUAAGAGCAUUCCAGAAUGGAAAAAUCAAAUUCCCUACCAUUUCUUUCUGUUAUUGUUCUUCUUCUUCAUGUCUCUAACUCUCUAACUACCCCAACAAGAGAGUCCAUUCACGACACUUUUCUUCAUUGUCUUCAAAGCCACACAACAAACCAACCAGAUCAUGUUUCAAACAUAGUCUAUGCGCAAACCAACACAUCCUACACCUCAGUUCUUCGAGCCUUUGCUAGAAAUGCCAGGUUCAGCGCCCCCUCCACGCAAAAGCCAUUACUCAUUGUCACACCUCUCAGUGAAAACCAAGUACAAGCCACUGUGGUGUGCGUCAAAAGCAUUGGCCUUCAACUCAAAAUCAGAAGUGGUGGCCAUGAUUUUGAAGGUGUUUCAUACAUCUCCCAGGUACCUUUUAUCAUCCUUGACAUGUUCAAUUUUCAAGAUGUCACAGUGGACGUGCAAAAUGAGAUUGCUGUGAUUCAAGCUGGUGCAAGUCUUGGACAAGUUUAUUACAGGAUUUGGGAGAAGAGUAAAGUUCAUGGCUUUCCUGCAGGGGCUUGUCCCACUGUAGGGGUUGGUGGCCACUUGAGUGGAGGAGGGUAUGGUAACAUGAUAAGAAAAUAUGGGUUAUCUGUUGAUCAUGUUGUUGAUGCUAAAAUUGUUGAUGUCAAAGGUAGGAUUCUUGACAAGGAAUCCAUGGGGGAAGAUCUUUUCUGGGCAAUUAGAGGAGGUGGAGGAGCAAGUUUUGGUGUCAUCUUAUCAUACACAGUUAAACUUGUUCCAGUGCCAGAAAAUGUUACAGUUUUUCAAAUUGACAAGACUUUGGAGGAAAAUGCCACCGAUCUAGUUGUUCAAUGGCAAAAGGUUGCCCCACACACAGAUGAUAGGCUUUACUUGAGGCUUGUCUUACAACCUGUAAGUUCCAAUUUUGUGAAGGGAAAGAAAACCAUAAGAGCUUCAGUUGAGGCUUUGUUUCUAGGAGAAGCUGAUGAACUUGUCAAAUUGUUGGGGCAGGAGUUUCCUUUGCUGGGACUGAAAAAAGAGCUUUGUCAUGAAAUGAGGUGGAUUGAUUCUGUGGUUUGGUGGGCUAAUUACAACGAUGGAUCCUCAGUUAAUGCACUUCUUGACCGAAAUCAUUACUCGGUGCAUUCCAACAAAAGGAAAUCUGAUUAUGUUCAGACCCCAAUUUCCAAAGAUGGGUUUACAUGGAUAUGGAAAAAGAUGAUUGAAUUGGGAAAAGUUAGCAUUGUUUUCAACCCUUAUGGAGGGAAAAUGAAUGAGGUCCCUUCUGAUGCUACUCCAUUUCCUCACCGUGCAGGGAAUCUUUACAAGAUUCAGUACACUGUGAGUUGGCAAGAACCAGGUGCUGCUGUGGAAAAAAGUUUUUUGAGUCAGAUUAGAGUGCUACACAAUUACAUGACCCCUUUUGUGUCCAAGAAUCCAAGGAGUGCAUACUUUAACUACAGGGACCUUGAUAUUGGUAUCAAUAGCCAUGGUAAGGAUAACUUUGAAGAUGGAAAAGUUUAUGGUAUCAAGUACUUCAAUAAAAAUUUUGAAAGGUUGGUGAAGGUUAAGAGUGCCAUUGAUCCAGAAAACUUUUUCUGGAAUGAACAGAGCAUUCCAACAUAUCCAAGAAGCAAGGCAUAAGGAACCUAACCGACAAAGGGCAACAAACCGAUUUGUUCAUUUAGUUGACUUUGUUACUUUAGUCUCUACGUGAUUGGUUGAAUUGUUGUAUCUUGAAUCUUGCUAUUUCGCAGAAACUUGUUUUUACAGUACAUAUGGAACUUGUGUGUAUUUCGGGAAAUUAUAUCCUUGUGGACAAAGAUCCUUCGCUUCUUGGAUUUUCACCUUCAUCUAUUCUAGCCUUUCGCUUGUAUAUACGCAUAGAAUAUUCUCUCACUCAA